AACCAAACACCACCAAAAAUAUUUUUAGAACCGAAGUUAUGUCAAACACACCUUAAUCGGGAUGCAAACCUACAAACAGAAAUUAGUUGCCGAUCGCUGUUCCAUUUGGCGUCACUCAUCUCUACUCGGCAGCAAGUUCACCGAUCCGCAUUUGAUUUGCCUCGUAUACUCUCUUCCUGCAUUUGGAUUCUGCACCCAAUCCGUGCCCGCGACCCGACAUCCCGAAGCGCUAAUAUAUGUUCCGACUUCGGAGCUUUCCGUGACACGGUGGAGCUAACCACUCCUCACUGGAGGCCACCGGCCACCGCCGCUAACCAACUGCUCGCAGCCUCUCACGAGCUUAAGUUGCAGCUCGCCACCUCACGCGUUCAUGCCCCGCCGCCUCCGGCAAUGGCUGCCGCAGCGGUGACUUCGCCGGAUGCCUUCACGCUCCACCCCAACGUGGCUCCGCCGGCGGCCACUCCGGCUGAUGUCGACGGCGACGAGUUCGAGUUCCGCGUCGUCCCAGCCGCCGCGGCCGCGCUCUCCGCGGCCGACGAGCUCUUUUCCGGCGGCAAGCUCGUUCCUUUCCUCCCGCCGCCCCAGCCACUUCCCCCUCCCUGCUCCCCUCCACCGUGCCUGGAGCUGGAGCCCACAUCCGAGCCGACGUCCCCUCGCGCACCGCGGUGCGCUGGGCGGCGGUGGCGCGACCUCCUCCUCCUCGUGUCCAACUCCAGGAAAGCAAAGUCCGGCGGCGGUGGCGACGACGACAAGUGCGCGGAUGGGUGUCUGAAGCGCCGCGAAACACAUUUCCGGCCGCUCCUCUCGCGCGACUCCUCGUCGUCCUCGUCGGCCUCCUCGGUCGACUCCGGCAAGAACGCGCGCCGCCCGCCUCCGCCGUCGCGUUCCCCGCUGCGGACGCGCUCCGCCCCGGUGGCGAACCUCCUCCAUCUCAUGUCAAGGAGACCAACCGGCGACAGGAUCGGCGCCGCGGACGCGUCCCUGAAUCUGAAGCGCCAGGAGCCGUGCGCGCACCCGCUCCUGACCCGCGUCUCCUCGUCGUCCUCGGCGUCCUCCUCCGACUCCGGCAGGAACCCCCGCGCGCCGUGGCCUCAGCGCGCUCCCGCUCGGCCGUCGCGCCCGGCGGUGGCGGCGGAGAGCCCGCGGGUGAGCGCGUCCGGGCGCGUGGUGUUCCGCGGCCUGGAGCGCAGCUCUAGCACGCCGGCCUCGGCAGGCAUCGGGCCGCGGCGGCCGCGGCCCAGGGGCAUGGAGAGGUCCUACUCGGCCAAUGUGCGCGUGGAUCCGGUGAUCAACGUCUUCGGCUUCGGGCAUCUGUUCAUGCCGUCCUCGCCGGCCAAGGAGAAGAAGGCCGACAAGGAGAGGGACGGCGCCGGCCGCAGGAACAGGCCGCAGAAGCUGGCCAUGGUGCUGAGAGAUCCACAGGAUUAGGCAGUUGCCAACUGGCAUGCUGGCAAUAAUGCAUCAGAUUCUUCUUGUCUCAAUUCUUUUGCAUCCUUGUUAUCUCUCCCUGUUAUUUCUCUCUUAUUCCGAUCUGUAAUAUACCAAUAUUAGUCCAGUUUUUAGAAUCAGGGCAAAGAAAGUUCAGAGACUUUCCAGUGAGAUCUGAAUUCACUCUGAACUGUAACUCUGAUCUCAGAGAUCAAUGUCUCAUGUAAAAAAACAAAUACUCCUACUUCAUGAAUAGCACAUUUUCUGUUUCAAAA